AUGCAAAGGCUCAAGACGCUGCCGAACCUGUUAUUAAAAUAUAAAGUAUACACCGGUAUCGCGCAUCAAAGAGCAGUAUCGCCUUUUGUUCCUUCAUAUGCUGGGCUAUAUUACGUCCAGGCGCGCUCAUCAACGCUGCGGCACGCAAGGUGGAAUAGCCAUCAUGUUAGGGAAGGCGGCGAUCAUGAGAACAAAAAGACGCCCCGAGAAACAAAUACAGCUCUUCCAAACCAAUCACUUCACAAAGGCGGUGAGCAAGGCAAAUCACACUUCAAAUUCAUCACUGAGCGAGAUCGCUUACUAGUUCAGACUACUGGAAUUUUACAAAAGUUGAAGAUUAAUUUGAAAUGGACGCUUACGCGCUCAAUGAAGCCGUUCAACUCAGAUGACAUCAGUGCUUUCAUUUCUUGGGUCCUAGUCAGCAAUGUUAUCCUUAUAAUUUUAGGGACCACGACGUUUGCGUCGUUAAUAAUAUACUUGAUGAAUACAGUGCUUGCUCAGGAAUAUGUAGCCACACAAGUUGGCAACCUUCUGACAAAAAAUAGUGCUCUUUCUGUUGUGUUCGAAAGUGCUAUUGUUCCUGAUUGGUCAUCUGGGAAGAUUUGCUUCAACAAGGUGUUCGUAUCGCGCAGGCCCAAACUUACACAGAGCUUUACAAAGGGGUCACAGAAUGAAGCUGCAGAAAGAGCUAAGCUGGCGAUUAGCGAAAGACUCUUAGUCAGCAGGGAAGAUUUUGACGAUGGAAACUACGCGCAAUUUGAUCUUACAAUGGAUCAGGUCGAGAUAUCUUUGAGCUUUAGUAAGUGGAUCAACGGAAGGGGAAUUUUGGAUGAAGUCACUAUCAAUGGGCUACGUGGAGUGGUGGAUAGGACCCACGUCUUUUGGAAAGAAGACGAUGAUCCAAAAAAUUAUUUGAAUAUUCAUCAACCUGGCGACUUCGAGAUAUCGAGAUUUGAGAUGAACGAUGUCUUAUUUACUCUUUACCAGCCUAAUGGGUUCAGACCAUUCCAGGUGAGUUUUUUCAAUUGUGAGCUGCCACAGUUGCGAAAGCAUUGGCUGUUUUUCGACUUUAUGAAUGCCAAUAAUAUCAGCGGAACCUACGACAACUCGCUGUUCUCCAUCCACAAAAAAUAUAAGGUCGAUGAUUCCCCGUUAAAUCCUUCUCCAUGGAAGAAGGUCACUCGCAUGCGUGUCGACAACUUAAGCAUUGACCACCUGAAUGCGGGUGUGAAAGGCCCCUUUGGGUGGAUUCGGGAGGGACAAGUUGACAUGGUUGGUGACAUUUUGCUUCCUGACGAAGAUCCAGAUGCCUUACAGCUGAGCGAAAUGUUUUCAGUCAUCGGACAGCGGCUUUUCAAAGAAGCCAAACGUCAUUCGUCAAUAAUCCUUCCAGAACAAUUUCAACUGCCUGAGCGAAACGAUAUUGAUCCUCAACGGUACUUCAUAAUGGACUUUUUUUUGCGGCUCCACAACGUUACCGCAGAAGUACCACUGUUCACAAACGAUCUCAGCUACAUAAACAGUGCACUAAUCAGGCCUAUUGUUGGCUACAUCAACUCCAGAAGGACAUACAUCCCUAUCAGGUGCCGAGUUGUCAAAGAUAUAUCAGAUUUUGAGGGUUCUUGGACGCUCUACGAUAGUGCUCUUAUGGACGACUUAAGUCUUGAAGUUUACGACGCUUUUGCCGAGUACGCAGCGGAUGAUAAUAGAAAACAUCUACGUCUGAAAAGAAUCGGAUUUUGGUCGUUGCAAGUGUUAAUACAGCUAGUCCUGAUGAGCUUAGGGUCCAUCGCUUGA